CUGAGUAGUAAGUAGUGAUAGCUCGGCGUUUGUGUUCGUGUUGACUGCUCGUCUGAGUUUGAUUCAAGUGUAAACUAUCUGAUAUCUUUUAUCUAUCGUUUCAAAUCAAUUUUUUUAUCAUCGUACUACAUAUUGGUUACUUCGUAUCACCGUAGUCCAGCUUUUGAAGAGCCUCCGUGUUUUUUCAGUCGUUGAAUCUUGGAGUAUGUUCUCAGUUUCUUGGUGCAGACAGUGCGGAAUAGUGAUAAUGUAAAUGGUUUUUCUUACUCGGAUUGUGAUUGAGUUUAUGUGAAUUUUCCCGAAUUACGAGGACCUAUCGCGACUAGUGUCAACCGUUCUUUCAUUCACGAAUCAAUCCAGGCCAAGUUCUAGGAGAGCACAAAUUCUUUGGUGGUGCUAAAAUCGGAACCCAAGCUUGAGAGGCAUGGGAGAAGUAAACGAAGCUAAACCAGCUUGAAACGAGCAAUCUCCCUUAUAUUGAGGGUGAUUCGACGUUCAUCAUAGGGGUGUUAGCCUCCGCAAUCUUGAAAUCUCUCACCCCACAGAGUCACUCAAGAGACGAGUCAGUUUGCGAUCCUGGACUUGACCAGAACGAACAUCAUCGCUGAGUUUUCAACAUCGGAAAGUUCAUCGCGAAGCCACGCGACGUAGUUCUCGAUACUAUCAUAGUACCUUUAAACUUUCACCCGAUCCCCGUUUACCUCGGAAGUGCACUUAGUGCUCACCCCGAAGUGAGCUUUGAGCGUAUUUUUUACUCCGGAUUACCGUUACCUCGAAAUCCGAAAGCGUUCCUAUAGUUAAGUUCGCGUAGUUCCUAAUGUUUCGCAACGUGGUUCGCGUGAUGUGAUAUCGGUUCCGGAGUCGCGCGUGACGCACGUGUCGGGGCCCGGUCCCGGCACUGCCGGGUUGUAUGGAGUAGCGGUCGUCGCGGUGGACAAUGGCGGCGACUGUGAACCACCACAACGACAAGUUCUCCGGCUCGGAGCCGCCGGAGGAGGACAUCGCGGCCAUCGCCAAGCAGAUCUCGGACCACGCCGAGGCCAUCUACCAGAACUGGAAGUCCUCCGGCCUGGCGCCCACCGAGAUCCUCUCCUGCCACACGGAGAACAAGUUCUCCUCCGUCCUCACCCCGAAGCAAAGCCCCAAACCGCAACCGGUGAAGCGGAACCAAUCCCCGGUCAUGGAGCUCCUGGCCUCGGAGCCCACCCGACUCAACACCAACAACCUGGAGCAGUUCGUCAACAAGUUCGUCGUCGAGGACAAGGCCCGCAUCGCAGCCGCGAAACAGAGAUCGCCCUCGCCCAUGAGGUCUCCGAUCCGAUCGCCGCUGUCAUCGUCCAUCCAGUUCGCUCUUCAGAAGUUCGAGCGGAACUGCGCGCAGCCGCCCGACUUCUCCUACCGCAAGUCACCCUCACCUGUGCGCAACGUCAAUGGCAAUGGCAAUGGUAACGGGACGACGGCCAAGGACACUACCAUUUCCAAGUACAUCGUGGACCCGGUGACGUCCUUCCCGGAGCACCUCAUCCCGACGACGGCGGCCCCGGCCAUGUCCACGUGGCCGCUCAAGAAGCCGGCGCCGGGCUCCACGGCCAAGAAACCGUCGCCGACGCCGAUGCCCGAGGCGGAGGUGGUCCGCGAGGAAGAGCGGCUCAUCAACGCCCUCAAGACGGGGGUCAUGGACACCGUCGACGAUUCUAGUCCGAAACCGUACUCCUGCAAGCUAGUCAACGAGGAGAACAAGAACAUGCUCCGGAAUCGUGGUGUGGCCAACGGGGGCACGGCCAACGGGAACGGCACGACGAACGGUAACGGGGCGAAGGAGGUGACGGGGCUCUCGGCGCUGUCGGCGCGGCGGCUGAGGCCCAACGGCGGGUGGUCCAGCCGGGAGGUGCCCCACCCGGAGCUGAGCUCCCAGCAGAAGGCGAAUAUCCGGAGCGGCUCGGCGGCCAACCUCAUCAACCCGGUGCGCCCCUUCCUCACCCGCGGGUCCGUCGCCGAGCGCGUCCUCAUCUUCGAGAAGUGCCCCACCGAGCUCUGUCUGGACAAGCGGAAAACCACCGUCGGCUCCGUCGCCAAUCGUGUUCAGAAUUAUAGUAAGGAUGCUAAACCAAAACCUGGUGGUCCUCCGCCGCAUACAACACUUCAGAGGCACGUUAAAGUUAGAAAACCUGUCUUCAUACCAAGGUUUCAUUUUCCUCAUGGAAGACCAAAAGACCAAAAUAAUCUAGAAAAAAUUUUGGAUGCUGUACGAGUUGCGUUCCAGUCACUUCCUAAACCGCAAGCAUCAAAAGAAGAGUUCGGAAUUAUUACAAAGGCUGCCGGCUGUCCUCUUUACUGGAAAGCCCCCCUUUUUCUAGCUGCUGGAGGAGACAAACUAGGAUAUGUUGAGCAAAAUCAUUUUCUCGAUUAUUGGAAGUCAGUAUCAAUGAAGUAUCAUGAUUCUGCCUCCUUGUUCAUGCAUAUUCUCACUCGCGGUGCUUCCAGAAACUAUUUAGAUCCAGAAGACUUUAUACCUUUAGUACAAGAUGUAGUUGAUACGCAUCCUGGCCUAGUGUUCCUUAAGCAAGCUACUGAAUUCCAUUCCAGAUAUAUCCUCACGGUGGUAUCAAGAAUCUACUAUAAUGUUAACCAAAUGUGGAAUGGCCGAAUUUCGUUAUCAGAACUGAGGCGGAGCGACCUGCUCCGAUCGAUAGCCCGGCUGGAAGAGGAGGAAGACAUCAACCAGAUGACGCAGUACUUUAGUUACGAACACUUUUAUGUAAUAUAUUGUAAAUUUUGGGAAUUAGAUCGAGAUCAUGAUUUGUGCAUUGACAAGCACGAUCUCGCUCGUCACAGUGAUCAUGCUCUCUCCUCUCGCAUCAUCGAUCGGAUAUUCUCCGGAACGGUGACACAUGGAGACAAGAAAGACCGAAUGAAAGCUGUGCGCUCUCCAACCUCAGACAGGGGUGAAAACAGCAACUAUGAGAUGUGCUACGCUGAUUUCGUAUGGUUCCUAUUGGCGGAGGAAGACAAGACUCAUCCACGUGCAAUCGAGUAUUGGUUUCGCUGCAUGGAUCUUGACGGAGAUGGGUUUCUGUCCAUGUAUGAGCUGGACUAUUUCUACGACGAGCAACUGCGGCGGAUGGAGUCCAUCGGCAUCGAGUGCUUGCCAUUUGAAGACUGUUUGUGCCAGAUGCUGGAUAUGAUAAAGCCAGCUGUUCCUAAUAAGAUCUCACUAAGUGAUCUCAAAAAAUCAAAAAUGACAUCGAUUUUCUUCGAUACAUUCUUCAAUUUAGAGAAAUACCUGGACCACGAACAAAGAGAUCCAUUUGCUUCGCAGAGGGAUCAUGCUGAGAAUGAGAUUUCAGACUGGGAUCGAUAUGCUGCAGAAGAGUACGAACUCUUAGUGGCUGAAGAAGGAGGCCAUGAAAAUCCUGAUGAAAUCACACCAUACUCAGAUGAUGAGUCCAGUGAGUCGGCCAGUGAUGAGGGUCAUCCGUGUGAUGGAGAGGACCUGCUGUCACCGAACCUUGAUGACAUUUAUUCAGCCAACUCGGCGCCCCUUCGCAAGCCGUUCCGCGCCAGCCGCAAACUGAAGCCAGAUAUUGAGUACAUGUAUAUAACAGGGAACCCGACCCCACCUCCGGUCGAUCUAUCCGAGUCCAUGGUUUUCUCGAAUCAAGAAUUCCGCGUCUCAAGCCCCCUGGGGCUCCUCUCCAGCGAUUUCAUGAAGGAUACGUCAAAGUGGCCUAAAAAUGAGGAAGUCUCCACAGAUGAUUCAGCGGACUACGCUGCAGAUAGUGAUGAUUGCUCGCUCUAGACAUAUCUGUUGCUAUAAGAUUGUAGUUGAUAAACUGCUCAAUUACUGGCUCAUGUCAUGGGUUUCGACCCAUCAUAAGUAUUGAUAUCCUAUCCUGAACCCCAGUCUAACAGAGACCUCACCCACCUUGCAAAGAGCACGUAACGAUAUUGUUUUGAUUUCACUUUUAAGACUGAUAAUGAUAUUUUGGAGGGAUAUUGCCAUAAUACCUCCUCAAAAUUUGGACUGCGAAAAGGCCCAGCAAUAAGAACGAAAUAGCAAUGUUGAUCAAACGCCAAGUCAAAGAAGUAAUCGUCGAUGAAAAUCAACAAUCAUGUCAAAAAAAGAGUAAAAAAUGUGCUUUUAAGAAUUUUGAUUCUCGGCAGUAUUGCUCUCUGUCAUAUUAUUAGUUUGUUCAAUCUCGCUCCAACAUCCCCUCACAAUAUUCCUGGGGCUUUUGAAUUUUUGAAGCAAUUUUAAAAUAAAAUUUUUUGAGCUUUUGUGGCAAAAUUGCUCUGCAGAGUGGGUAGUAAUGGGACAUUUUAGGGUACAUUUCUGAGGAAGAAAGCAAGCAGAAUGAAGUAUAAAAACCUUGUGCAGGGUAGGUGUCCAUUGAAACUUGUUCAAUGUCUUUUGAUAAAAUGUAGGUGAAAAAGAUACAGGGAUUUAGGAAGUAGUAAAUACUUACCAAUUUAUCUUUCAGUUCACCAAGUUUAAGGAAUAUUUCCUCUGUAAAAAAAAAAAAAUUAUAAAAAAGCAACUUUACAAUUUAUCACCAAUCUUAUUAUUUUGGAAAGGUUUCUGCCCAGUGUACGUAGGUGUAAGUGACACAGAUUCUCAGUGUAAAAUUCAAGCUGUCAAAAUCUGUGGAUUUUUCCUGAUGAAUGAAUGAAUGAAUGAAUGGAUAAAAGACAUAUAUUGGCUUUAUCGAGCUUAAUGUAAAAAUUGUCAGAAAUUAUUGAAAGUCAUUGAUUCAAAGUGAUGUACGGAGAAGCUUGAGAAAAAUUGCUUCUGCUGAAGUACCAUAAUGUGUAUUGAUGGGCCUUUUUUCUCUAAUUUCUUAGUGUAGCAAGAUUCCCUUUACUUAAAGUCCGUGCUAAAUCAGUUUACGCUCUUCUAGAUAGCCACAGAAGAUCUGCCAUCUUGAUUUUUGUAUUUUUCCAAUGCUAAACUGAAGACAGCUGGUUCUUAGGUGUCCUCUGAAAGUGUGUAAACUUAUUUUGCACUGACUGCACUGGCAUUCAACUGUUCUAGCUGUGGUAAUUUCAAGUAAUCUUUUUCGUUUGUUUUUUGUUUAAGGCUUUGUUUUCUUUAGUUCACUGCCUCAGAACUGAAAGUCUGGGAUUUUCUUUUAGUUUUAACCAUCUAAAUUGUGUUCUGUUUUUGUAUAAAUUGUGAUGUGAAAUUCCAUAGAGAAUGCAUGGAAGAGAAUAUAUUUAGUCGGGUAUUACAAAGUUAUCUUUCAACCAAGAAGAAAACAUUUGUCAGUUUUAACGAAGGUUAAAAUCAUAUUAAUACCCCAGAGCAAAAAGGCGCCCAACACCAUUUUAACAAUUCAUAUAUCAUAGAAACAUGCAGCACUGGCCCUAGUAGUUUCAAAGUUUUCGCACUUUUUGAAACCCCAUACCCUGACACAGGCGCUUGAUAAGGGUUCCAACUCAAGAGCCUUUAUUUAGAAAUUUCCAAAAUGUCAAAUACUAGAAUUUCCCAGAAAUAUGAUUCAGGUAUCUCUAUAUUCUGAGGCAAUGGUGUACAUUUCUGCCAAUGUAUGAGCAUAAAAUAAGUUAUUAAGCAGACGCCAAAACAAAUAAUGUUCAGAUACCUUUAAUCCAGUGGAGUAAAGUUAAAAAGCUCCAUGAUAUUUUUUUCUGACAUCCAAAAGUUUUUGAAA